AUGGAAACUAUCAAAUUAAGAAGUCCCAUCAAAGUUGAAUGUGUAUCAACUUUCACAAAAAUAGACGUAUUAAAAAAUACCAAGAAGCUAAAGGGGACCAAUAUUACUAUUUCUCCAGAUCUUACAAAAACUCAACAGGAAAGAAAUAAAAUUUUUAGAAACCACCUACGAGGAAUAAGACAGACAACACAGGAUCAUUGCUACAUGAAAGGAGAAAAACUUUACAGAAAUAGUACAGCUUAUAGUGUAGAAGAUAUUAUACAAAUCGAAGAAAGCUACAAUUCAAUCGUAAUACAACAAUCAAAUAGCGCACCACAAACACCAACAAGAGAAAAUAAUUUAUCUACAUUCAAUCAAGAUAAUAAUAAAGAAAUAAAAGAAUUGAACGAUAUUGAGGACAAAGGAGCAAAAACAGAGAAAAAAGAAGAAAAAGUAGCGGAACAUAAGGAAGAAAGAAAGAGGAUAAACAGAAAAGUCAACAAAUACAGCAAAAAAAUAAAGAAAAAGAAAAGGAAAGAAGAAAGAGCAAUUGCUCAGUUGUUGCACGCGAACAUACCUUUUCAUUCCGAAGGAAAAUUUCUUGGGAUCGCUCAUUUUGAUUUUAUCAAUUCCAGACGGAACUUACUAUGUCGAAUUCUAACAAUAACGUUAAUAGUGUCGACGGAAUUUAUGGCUCUUUGUUGGACUCUAAUUUCCAGCGUUAACGCCUGA